CGGACGCGCGCUCUCCCGACCUCUAACCACAAUACAAACUUUUCACGGAAUUCCCGUGAAGUAAUACUUUCCAGUAUUACCACUCGGCCCCCCUUAAUCGCUUCUUCGCGUGUUACAAAUACAAUUCCAAAGAGUUUGACGUGCAUUUUACCGCAUAACGAAUAUGUUUUUUAUGUCAAAUGUUGAGUUUAUCAGGAUGCGGUAGUAAAAGCUUUAAAGUCUUCGAAAAUUAACGGUUGCGUUCGUGUUAUUACAAAGAAUAUAUCGUUUCUAUUUCUAUUUACAGCCAUUGUUUGAGCCCCGCGUUGGGCGCCAAUUACGAACGCUAGUUAAGCGUAGCCGUCAGAGUCAAUUUUAAAAUUGUCGCGUCAAUGGUCUCGCCAAUUAGAGAAUAAAUUGAUUUGUCUUUUGUAGUAAAAAUGAACGUUAUGUGUCAAUUCAGUUUGCUGAACAGUGGGAAGAUGUUGCUGGCACUGUUUGUGUUGGAUUCCCUGCUGGCGGGAACCACCGACGCUACCGCACAUGAACCUGGGUUCAGCGGGCCUAUAGCAAACGUCACGGCACCGCUUGGAAGAGAAGCCAUCCUCGCUUGCUCUGUGCACAACCUCUCUACAUACAAGGUGGCAUGGUUACGUGUGGACACACAAACAAUACUAACGAUCCACACCCACGUGAUAUCCCGGAGUCGGCGGGUCGGUGUGACCCAUAGUGACCAUAGGACCUGGUUCCUGCACAUCAGGGAACUGCGGGAGACAGACAGAGGAUGGUACAUGUGCCAGAUCAACACUGACCCCAUGAAAAGUCAGCUGGGAUAUUUAGAUGUCGUUGUGCCCCCGGAUAUUCUGGACCGCGGUACGAGCACCGACCAGACCCUGAGAGAAGGUUCCUCCACCAGUCUAACGUGUGCCACCAGCGGCUCCCCCCAUCCUCAGAUCACGUGGAGGCGAGAGCAUUCCAAACCCAUCACGCUGUCUGACGGGAUACAAGUGUCGUCAUUUGAAGGGCAGGUGUUAAAUAUAUCGCGAGCAAGCAGGCAGCAUGCCGGGGCCUAUUUGUGUAUAGCGUCCAAUGGGGUUCCUCCCACUGUUAGUAAAAGAAUUAUGAUCACAGUGGAAUUUCCACCGGUCAUUACAAUAAGAAACCAGCUGGUGGGAGCGGCGCUGGGAUCCGACCUGGUGCUGGAGUGUGAGACGGAAGCCUAUCCCAAACCAGUGAGUUAUUGGAGCAGAGAGACUGGAGAGAUUAUCAGCCCUGUCGGAGGGGGUUUGGAGCCUCAAAAGUUAGAUGGGUCCUACCGCUCCGUACUACGGCUACCCAUCAGGAAGGUAACGAGUGCAGACUAUGGGGCCUACAAGUGUGUCUCUAAAAACGCCCUCGGAGAUACAGAGGGGACUAUAAAACUUUAUCCAAUGCCGCCUCCAGCGUUGGAAAAUAAGAGUGUUGUACAAAGGCUAAACAUUAUGGCCGAGAGACCUUCAGAGAGCACGUCGUUUGGUACACAAGAUUUCAGAUUACAAGACUAUAACCGGGGUUUCUCCAGGGAUCAAUUUUCUUUACCGUUUUUGUUCUCAUUAUUCAUUCUUAUCAAGAUAGUAACAACUUCAGUAUUUUGAGAUAAUAAAUGAAGAAUUUAAUAAUAAAAGUUACCUACUUGAUAAUUUAAAUGAUAAAUAACCUGAAUUAUUGCUUAGUCUUGUGAGACUGAAUGUAACCGUUAAAGCUUCUCCAUAAACUAUUUUAUUAAUUACGAUAAUUUAUAUUAUUACUAAACUUAAAAAUGAACACUUUGUAAGGUAAUAGUAUAAUGUUAAU